UUACAAGCUUCAGCUUCUCUCUUCUUCUUCUGCAAAUCCAAAAUGGAACCAUCACUAAAACCCAAUCCUUUCCUCUCCUUCUCCUCUUUCCUCCACACCCACUGUAAUCGCUUCGCCUCCGACCUCUCCGCCCGUUUCGAAGACACCAAACGCUUCGCCGAAUCCCUAACCACUCGACGUUUCACUCCUCCGCCCUUCGCCUCCGUCUCUCAGUCCCCCAAGCCUUCCGCUGGAACCUCAACUGCUACUUUGAACCCAUCUCACGUCGCUAAAGCUCUCGCUGGAACCUCCGUGUUUACGGUCAGCAACACCAAUAACGAGUUCGUUCUCAUCUCGGAUCCUACCGGCGACAAGUCUAUCGGUUUGCUCUGUUUCCGUCAAGAGGAUGCCGAAGCUUUUCUUGCUCAGGCGCGCCUCAGGAGAAGAGAGUUGAAAGCCAAUGCUAAGGUUGUUCCCAUCAAUCUGGACCAGGUGUACUUGUUAAAAGUUGAGGGGAUUUCUUUUCGCUUCUUGCCAGACCCGAUCCAAAUAAAGAAUGCAAUGGAGCUCAAAUCCUCAGCUAGUAAGAAUGGGUUUGAUGGAGUUCCGGUAUUCCAGUCUGAGCUUCUUGUUGUGCGGAAAAAGAAUAAACGUUACUGCCCUGUAUAUUUCAGUAAGGAAGAUAUAGAGAGGGAACUUUCAAAGUAUACAAGAGCAUCAAGAGCAGAUCAACAAAUUAUGGUUGGGAGUUUGGAAGAUGUCUUGAGGAAAAUGGAGAGGAGCGAGAAGAAUUCAGGUUGGGAAGAUGUAAUAUUCAUUCCACCAGGAAGCAGUUAUGCACAACACAUGCAGGAGGUGAUCAAAGAGUAACAAAGUUGAGAGACACUGUAUGUAGUUUUCAAUUGAUAAAAUAAAAACAACUUCUCAACACAGUUUCACAUAUAUUUUUUUCUCUCUUACUCUUUAGUUUAACACACCAAUCAAUCUCUUGGUUCUUGCAUACCAGAACGUAAAGUUGUUUGUAUGGAUAAAAAUGGUAAAUGGUAUGUUGGUUUAAGGUUA